AUGGCCGGCGAGACGCGGCCCGAGGCGCUGGACCUGGCCCAGGGGAUCUGCGUUCAGAUAGGGCAGUACUUCCAGAUCCAGGACGACUUCUUGGACUGCUACGGGGACCCCGAGGUCAUCGGAAAGGUUGGCACCGACAUUGAGGACUCCAAGUGUUGCUGGAUCGUGUGCACCGCCCUGGAGGUGGCCAGCGACAGCCAGAAGGAGAUCAUCAAGUCAAACUACGGCCAGAAGGACCCGGCUGCUGUGGCGCGCGUCAAGGCGGUGUACGAGGAGCUGGGCAUGAAGGGGCGGUUCGGGGCCUACGAGGCCGAGAGCUACGAGCGCCUGAGCGCGCUCAUCUCGGAGCAGAAGCUGCUGCCUGAGGGCGUCUUCACCAACCUGCUGCAGAAGAUCUACAAGCGCAGCAAGUGA